CCAUCCGCAUCAGCGGUUUAAGAGGGGGUCAUGGGCUCGGGAUCUUAGGCCCGAUCAAUUAAAAAAAAUGUAAAAUGGGUAUAUAUCGCUGAACCGGGCCUUAGUUAUGAACCCGUAAGGGGCGAGGUCAAGCCACGCGUCACGCACGGAUUGGCUGGUCGUUUCCGCGUUGACGUUGUGGAAAGACGGGAUCUCGCGUGAUUCCAUUCAUUUCUCUCCUCUCUCAAAAAAGCUAGGGUUUCAUCCCUGCGGCGAUCUUCGGUGCGACGGCGAAUUCCGUAGCUUUUGGCCAUCAAAUCGACGACGGUCUCUGUUCUCGACGCUGUAAGAUGGAUCCGGGUGAAGAGAAAAGAAAUUCAAAGAGGCAAAUCGAUAACAACAACAUGUUAGGGUUCGUGGCCGAUUCAGAGUACGGGAUUCCAAGAAAGUGUCCAUGUGGUGGGAGAAUUAUUGAUGAGGUUAGACGGAAGGACGAUUACGACACUAAUCCGGGGAAGCGGUUCUUCACCUGCAUAAACCACGAGGCUGAUGGGUUCCAUUAUCGUCAGCCUUGGGUGAUAGGUGUGCAGGAGGAGAUCGAGAGGUUGACUAAGCGGGUGGUGGAGGCUGAAGACGUCAUGAGGGGGAUGUGGAAAGUCACUAAACAGAUUGAGACUCUGGAGGUUAGUGAACUUUCUUUUCUGUUUCAUUCCUCUUACAUGUUUGAUUUUAGUUAUGUACUUCUUUAAGCGUGACUAACACUUUUUUUUUUAUGUUUCCAUGUCCAGGAACAGGUACAAAUCCUCUCUGGACAGGUGGCUGACCUGGAGAAGGUUUGCUUCGAAUGAAAAGCAAAGGUAAGAGUCGACAUAACUGUAGAGGUUGUUUGCAAUUGCCUGUUUGAAAAACUUGAUUGCUUUAUGUCUGUUCGAAAUUGUUAAUGUAUAUUUAAAAGUAGAACUAGAAGUAGAAUUUUAAAAUACGAAGCUAACUUGUUUAACCGUGGAAAAAACCAACUUGAACACACAAACAUAUUAACACGUAACCAAACCUUAAACUACAACGAUAACUAGAUGUCUAAGUAGAACUUAAAAGUAGGUAUCAUUAAUUAUAUUCUGGUUGUUGGUUGCUGUUAUGAAUGUUCGAUAGUACUAAGCUGUAGUUAAUUUUGGUGAGUGAUUUGAUGUGUAGUUACUGCUUGUAACAACUUCUAAUGGCUUUUGUAAUGAAUGUUUGGUAGGUAGAGUUUGUUUAAUUGUUCACAAACUAGUUUAUAAACAUAGCAAAUCCGCCACUCCAAACACAGAAACAUAUAAACA